AUGUUCUCCUCAACAGCAGGCCCAUUCUCACAACCGGGCCCAAACACUUCUACCGCUUCGACACCAUUCCAACGCCUUAAACCAAUCUGUGUCGAACUUCUCUCGCUAACCUCUCGAACCCCUUCCCAUACCUCGACACAACAAACUAUCGCUUGCUUGCGACGGCUGAAAUCAACCCUCCAUACCCUUCUCUCCGCAUCUGCCACCACUGGCCCCUCUUCACACCACGCAUCAGCUUCUCGCCUAGUAUCGCAAGAUGAAGAUCCCACCCUACCACCUUCGCUAAUCAACUACGUCUUCUAUCCGCUCUCAGAGCUCAUUUCCUCCGCGCCCAAGGGUCUCACGAGUCUACCCGAUUCGGUAGUAGAAGGUGUACUACAAGUGCUAGCGCUGCUAUGUAGUCGAUGGUGGAAUGCAUUGUCGGCAAACGACGGUGGUGGGAAGGGGUGGCAGAUUUGGUGCGAUUUGGUGAUUCUUUCGAGUUCCGUGCUGGCUGAACCUGGCAAAGCUGGUGGAGAGGCAAAGGGAACAAGUAGCGAUGAAGCAAAGCUUGCAGCAUUAAAGGUGCUGACUGAGCUGCUAUCGCCCCGCUUCAAAGUGUCGCAACCGGCAGGAAAGGAGAAGAAGAGGGAGGAGGAAGGAUGGGAAUGGGACGGCAUCUCAGAUCUGCCAUCUUUGGACGACGUUCCCACACAGCCAGACUUGGAUGCAGAGGAGCCAAGCAAGGGCAAGGAGAUACUAGAGGCACAUAUGGAGUUGCUCUUCCCAACAUCGGGUCACCUAGCAUACGUAACGUCAGAAAGAGUCGCAAAAGGAGCACUAAGUUUUGUCCUCUUUUCCUGUUUUGCGAUCGCAGAAUCGUCGCAGGAGACAACGGAGGUGAGGACGGCUGCAAUGCGCGUUGCGAAGGAUGCAUUGUUGGUCUGGAUCGGCGGUACGUGUCCGCUUCCCUCCAGAUUUACCUUGGAGGAUUCGUGGCUCGAGGUUUCGCCGCUACACUGCGUCCACCUCCCCAGCUCACCAGAUAAGGAGGCGGCGAGAAAGGCAUCAGCUAUGCGAUUACGUCCGCUUCUACCAGGCAUAACAUCCUCCCUGACACGUCUCGCCACAAGCCGGUUAAAGUCGCAACCUGAAGCAAGGAAGCAAAAGCCUACACCGAGCGCUGUGGUGGCAGAGAGCAUCUCAAUGCUCGGCGACUUGCUAAGAGCGACGCUGGCGGAUGAGUGUCUUUCUGAAGUGCUCAGCAAUGACGUCGUCCAUCUCAGUCGCAGUACUGCCGGAGAGAGUGCUGAGGUCAAGGUUACAAGUUUGGAAGAUUUCGCACAUUUCGACACACUCUCAGAGACAGGGUCCCAAACCGCAACCCCCGACGAAGCACCACAACCGACACCCACCCCAACCGACAAAGCUGACAAGGAAGUGCAAUGGACACUCUCAACCCUAGCACAAGUGCAUCUGGCGCUGAAAACAUUCUCUUCCCUGACCAGCCCCUCUCUCGCCGGCACAUCCCUACCCUCUUCCACCCAUUCAACCGUGCAGGUUUCUAUGCUGCGGCUCUCUAUCCUCCUUCUCACCCACUGCUCACGGUCGUUUGGAUGGCUAGACACUCAGCUGCAAGCCAUGGCUCGACUUGACGCGACCAACACGAAUACUACGGAUAGAGGGAAGAGUAUAGAGACAAUCCUAACGUGGAUUGUUGAUCUUGCCUCAAGCCAUAACUCCGCUCCUACGGUCCGAAACGCUAAACUGUCAUUUGAAGCUCUGCAAAAAGGUGGAAGUGAGUUCGAGGCCAGGCUGAGAGAUGGGUCUGCGCUGUGGAACAUCCUUAUUGCUGCGCUGGAGAGGCUGCCGGCGGUGGUUGGUGCACAUGACGACGUGGCCGUUUCGAGGUUGGUGCUGAGGGUGAGCACUCUUCUGAGCUUGCUGUCAGAGCAGUCUAGCGCAAUGGAUCUCGCUAGGAUCGCUAUGAUAGCAAACGAUGUUCAGGUAUCUUCAUUCCGACUUCUGCGCCCGCUCAAAGUCGAACAGCUCACCUACACCAAAGAUCCAACCCCUGACAACACUAACCCUAUUUGGCGCCUACAACCGUCGUUUGCAGGUUUGGAGAGCAGCACAUCUCGUCAAUUCUCUCAGAUGUUUUGCGAUCUUGGACGCUCAUUGGCGCUGUCUUUGCUCGCUCAGAUCAAAUGCAAUCCCACCAUCACCAUGAAGAAGGGAAAAGCGAGGGAUGCGUUUGGGAUGAUCACCACGCUCAUCACUCGAGCUGGUCAGCUGCGGUCAAUCAGAGCGGAUCACAAUAAUGCUGGGAGAGAGCAGAGUGCUGUAUGUCUAGUAGUAGCAGCUGACAUGGCACGAGGUGUAGCAACGGUGUUAGAUAACAUGCAACUAGGUGGUGGAGAGGUAGGAAGGCAGAUGAGGAAAGUUGCGCAUAGCUUGGGGAAGCGGGUGUUUGGGUUAGUUAUGGAUAUUUUGGAUGGUGAUGCUGAAGAAGCUUCCUCCUCCUUUCCCGGUCCCUCCGCGCCAGAACAGGAAACGCAAGCCAAACCUUCUAACGACCUUACAACACGAACAGGCGCAGACCAGGUAGAGUCUUUGGUAGAAAAUGUAAAAGGCAUAUCACUUUACCCCACCAACCUUUCCUCCUCCACCCCCAGUCGCCUGGGUCCUGUGCUCGACCUAGCUUUCGUCCGUUGCGCCGAUCUCACUCGCCCCAACUCCACCCCCAGUACACAGCUUAGUGUACAACAAAGACACAGACAAGCGCAAAAAGAACUAGACCUCUCCAACUCUCUCCUCUUCUCCCUCCUCUCCUCAUCAUCGAGACUGCUAGGACAAUCAUUCCGACCCUUACUCCAGCGUGGAGCAUAUCCGCUUAUCUCAGCCAUCUCCAUUUCCUCCACUCCCAUCUCCGGUCUUGUACAGCAAGCGUCAUCAGCAGCGAUGCAGGAUAUUGCAUUUAACACGGCCUACGGUGAUGUUAAGAAUUGUUUGCUUGAUCAUGCAGAUUACAUUCUCGGUUCUGCUUGUCAGAGGCUAAUUGGGGGAUUGGAUGAGGAGCUGCGGUCUUUUGCUUCGGAGGGGGUUGGAGAGAGGAAAGGUGGGGGGGUGGUUGUGCCGUUGGUGUCGGCACAAAGAGCGCCGUUUGUGCUGGUGGAAAUGAUCAGAGUAUUGGGUAGCGAAGUGGUGCCGAUGGUGGAGGAUGCGAUUGAUGAAGUGCUGGAUGCGUUAGAUAGUUUCCAUUCGCAUGGAGGGGUGAGUGAUGGAUUGUUGGGUGUGUUGGGUGGGAUUAUGGAGUGUAUGGCUGCUGAGCAGUCCACCCAGAUCCCCACACCCCGUGCAUCGCUUCUCGAGAACGGAGGGGGAGAAAGGGGAGAGGUGGAAGACUUCAAAUCAUGGCUAGCUGCCCGAAGAGAGGACUCGAAAGCUUUUGAUGACGUUCCUCCAACUUCAGACGGGAAUAAGGGAAGGAAAGAGGAUGAAGAGGAGGAUAAGCCGACAAAAAGUCAACAAGUUUCAGCAACAAUUUUAACCAAAUCGACCUUCUUCCUCACUUCACCCUCCCCCUCACUCCGCAUUCGAGUCCUCCAUCUUCUACGACAUGGUAUUCUAACGCUUGCUCCUCAAUCACGUACAGCGGAGCUUCUGCCAAUAAUCAACAGCGCUUGGCCUUUUGUUAUGACCCGUCUAGGCACUCCCUAUUCCACCUCUACCUCCCCUUUGGGCUCGAGGUUGGUGCCGAUUAUCGAUCUCACCCCAACAGCAAUAGGUGCGAGGGUAAGAGAGGGAGAUGCGAGGUGGUUUGAAAAGAUGGAGAAGGAGAUGGUGGAAAAAGAUGUAGGAGUUUGGGUGGCAGCAGCAAAGUAUGUUGAGGCUGCGGUGGAAUGGGUACCUGAUUUUGUCAGGAAGCGGGUGUUGGAUGAUGCUUGGCCGAGGUUUGAGGUGCUAUUGAGGUUGAUGAAGAGGUUUGAUCCUCGGUAUCACCAUUCCUCACCUCAACCUCGUGGCCAAACUUGCCAGCUGAACGGUAGCGAGAGACCAGCGUUGCUCACAUCGGAACCAAGCCCAACCUCAAACGCGGGCCUCAUCUCAGGCCUAACCCCAGUCAGCACCCACAAAGCCAAAAGGAACCACAUCCAUACGCACAGCGAACACCCAUUCAUCCAUCCCUCAAUAACCACCCUGCCCGCCCAACUCACGCUCUGCAUCAUCACCACCCUCACUUCUAUCGUCCGCCAUUUGGGCUCUCACAUGCCAGACGACGUAGCGUGGGCAAUCACCACCCAUUCUUCCUUUUUGGAAGCACUGGAUGCUAGACAGCCACCAGGGCUGGUCAGAGCCGCAGAAGAGCUGUAUUGCGAGCUGCGGAAGAGGAAUGAUGAGGCUACGAAGUGGGCUUUACAAUGCGCAUUCCCUCACGUGAAGGUCGGAGCGGAGUCAGGGUUGGAAAGGAGAGAGGCAAUUCCGUGCUUUAUGGCUCAAGCUAGAAUUCAGGUGCAUGGCGCGACUAUGCACUGUGUUUUGGAGGGAAUGUGA